AAUUAAUGGAUUGUGUGACCCCAGUCAUGGAUGUCGCCACUCGCUUGUGGAGUUGCGCUUCCAAGCACUCUUCCUACGUCAUUGAUCUGCAAGAAAACCUAUGCUCUUUGAGAAUCGAAAUGGAGGAACUAAAGAAUGUAGGUGAAGAUGUCAAGAGAAGGGUCGAAUAUGCAGAGAAACACCAGAUGAAGCGGAGAAAUGAAGUGGAUGGCUGGCUCAAUAGUUUAGAAGCCCUGGAGAGAGAAGUGAACGAAAUCCUGGAAAAAGGUGAUGAAGAAAUUCAGAAGAAAUGCCUCAGGAAUUGCUGUACCAGGAACUGUCGGUCCAGCUACAAGAUUGGGAAGAUGGCAAGGGAAAAAAUCCCAGCUGUCUCUGAGCUAAAGAACAAAGGACACUUUGAUGUCGUGGCAGAUAUAUUGCCUUCAGCUCCGGUGGAUGAGAAGCCUAUGGAGAAGUCUGUCGGCUUAAAUUUGAUGUUUGGCGAGAUAUGGAGAUGGCUGGAAGAUGAAAAGGUGGGAAUUAUCGGAUUGUAUGGAAUGGGGGGUGUGGGGAAAACUACCCUCAUGAAGAAGAUCAACAACGAGUUCCUCAAAACAAAGCUUGAAUUUGAUGUAGUGAUCUGGGUUGUUGUGUCGAAACCGGCUAAAGCUGAGAAGGUUCAGGAAGUCAUCCUGAACAGACUAGAGGUUCCUCGUUACGAAUGGGAAAAUAGAAGCAGAGAUGAGAAAGGACAGAAAAUAUUCAACAUCUUGAAAACAAAAAAGUUUGUACUACUGUUAGAUGAUGUAUGGGAGCGUCUUGAUCUCACUGAAGUGGGGGUUCCUCAUCCCAAUGGUGAAGAUAACAUGUCCAAAUUGAUAUUUACAACCAGAUCAGAAGAUGUGUGCCAUGUGAUGGAAGCUCAUAAGCAUGUCAAGGUAGAGUGUUUGGCAUCAGAUGAAGCCCUUGCUUUGUUUCGGCUAAAGGUGGGGGAGGAUACUUUUAAUUCUCAUCCACAGAUACCAACACUUGCCAAAGAAAUCGUGAAAGAGUGCAAAGGUCUGCCGCUUGCGCUCAUCACCAUCGGCCGAGCAAUGGUUGACAAGAAGACUCCCCAGAGGUGGGAUCGAGCAGUACAAGUAUUAAGGACUUAUCCAUCAACAUUUGCAGGUAUGGAGGAUAAAGUGUUUCCCAUUCUAGCAUUCAGUUACGAUAGCUUAUACAAUGAUACCAUCAAAUCCUGCUUUCGAUAUUGUUCUAUGUUCCCAUCCGAUUAUGAAAUUUUGGAAGAUGAACUUAUAGAACUUUGGAUUGGGGAGGGGUUUUUGAUUGAAUCUUAUGACAUCCAAAGAGCACGGAACGAAGGAUAUGAUGCUAUCGAAAGCCUAAAGGUGGCAUGUUUGUUGGAGAGUGGUGAAUCUGAAAAACAUGUUAAGAUGCAUGAUAUGAUCCGCGACAUGGCUUUAUGGUUAACUACGAAAACUGGGGAGAAUAAGAAAAAGGUUGUGGUAAAAGAACGAGCUUGGUUGGUCAGUGAUCGGGAGUUUGCAGCAUGGAGGGAGGCACAGAUGAUAUCGUUGUGGGAUAUUGGUACACUAUCAUCGUUUGAUCGUAGAGUACAUGGAUUCCAAAAGUGGAUCUCUUUCCCUAAUCUUGAGACUUUGUUUGUGAGAAGAAGCCUCCUGGAAGAAAUUCCACCUGGGUUCUUCCAAAAAAUGCAUUUGGUACGAGUUCUUGACUUGUCAUAUAAUUAUCGCCUGGACAGGUGUUGGCAGGUUAAUCAAUUAGCUAACCUGGAAUAUCUUAACAUGUCAUUUACAAAUAUAUGCGCACUGUGGGGUAUUGAUUGA